AUGAAAAACACCCACCCCCCAGUUUCUGCACUGGCCCUUACAGGCAAAAUCACUGAAUGGCUGACGUUUGACAACAUGCACCACCAGUGGCUUCUGUUGGCUGCAUGCUUCUGGGUGAUUUUCAUGUUCAUGGUGGCCAGCAAAUUCAUCACCUUGACCUUUAGAGACCCGGACGCUUACAGCGCCAAACAGGAGUUCCUGUUCCUGACAGCCAUGCCGGAUCCUGGGAAGUUACAGGGGGAGCAGCAGUUUCCUGAGGAACUGAAGCCAACGGGGAAGGUGCUCUCAGACGGCCAGCUUGUUCAGCCCUUGGUCUAUAUGGAGCGCCUGGAGCUCAUCCGAAACGUCUGCAGGGACGAGGCGCUGAAGAACCUCUCACACACGGCUGUGUCCAAGUUUGUCCUGGACCGAAUAUUCGUCUGUGACAAGCACAAGAUCCUCUUCUGCCAGACUCCCAAAGUGGGCAACACACAGUGGAAGAAAGUGCUGAUCGUGUUAAAUGGUGCCUUUCCUUCCAUCGAAGACAUCCCUGAGAAUGUGGUUCAUGACCAUGAAAAGAACGGCCUCCCUCGUCUCUCUGCCUUCAGCGAUGCAGAAAUUCAGAAGCGCUUGAAAACCUACUUCAAGUUUUUUAUUGUAAGAGAUCCCUUUGAAAGACUGAUAUCUGCUUUUAAGGACAAGUUCGUCCACAAUCCCCGCUUUGAACCCUGGUACAGGCAUGAGAUUGCCCCAGGCAUCAUCAGGAAGUACAGGCGGAACCGGACGGAGACGCGGGGCAUCCAGUUUGAAGAUUUUGUGCGCUACCUGGGUGAUCCAAACCACCGAUGGCUGGACCUCCAGUUUGGGGAUCACAUCAUUCAUUGGGUGACGUACGUCGAGCUGUGCGCGCCCUGCGAGAUAUCAUACAGUGUGAUUGGUCACCACGAGACCCUGGAGGACGACGCCCCGUACAUCUUAAAAGAGGCGGGCAUAGACCACCUGGUGUCAUACCCCACCAUCCCUCCGGGCAUCACCGUGUAUAACAAAACCAAGGUGGAGCACUACUUCCUGGGCAUCAGCAAACGGGACAUCCGGCGUCUGUAUGCCCGUUUUGAAGGGGACUUUAAGCUCUUUGGGUAUCAGAAGCCAGAAUUUUUGUUAAACUAA